AAGGGAGUUCAAUAAUGGCUAUGCCUUUGUUGUUUUGUCUACUUGUUGAUAUAAACCUGCUAUCUCUGACACUUCAGCAAUCGUUACUACCAUCCAAGGGUUCCGACGACACAAGCAAUGUGAUGCCAAUGGUGAACCAGCUAGCUAACAAUUCAAUGAGCAUUGCAUGGAUAAAAAUCCAGGACGAAAUGAAAAUAUACAUGGAGAAUCUAACGAGCAGGCUGGACGAGCUGUCUGAAAAAGCCUCGGAACUACGCAAGGCUUUGGACUAUCCGUUCGUGUUGUCGGGUCCGAAGAAAACGUGCCCAACGGACUACCUCUUACAUGACCGUUUCUGUUACCUUUUCCACCCUCGCCCUGUACCUUGGUUCGUAGCUAUGGUAACUUGCCUCGGAAUAAAUGCAAUGCUAGCGAGACCUGACACGCCGGAGAAAGACCGAUUUUUAGAAGAGCAAUGCUUACGUACAGGUCAAUCUCACUGGGUAGGUGCGACCGAUAUGGAAAAAUACUUUGUAGUCGUAAUUUACAAUAUUGUUUUAUAUUAA